CUGUGACAUGCAGUGACGUGCACUGCCACAAAAAUAUCGUGGAUUUGGCCUAGGUACUAGGGAUUGCGCUCACCGUUUAGUUUCAACGCGUCAACAAUGGCGUCUUCGUCUUCGUCCGCAGUGCCUUCGCACCCUGUCGUAUUUACGACCAAGACGCCCUAUGCACUCCCCUCCCAAAAAUUUAUGAUCCCAUUGGAUUGGAAACGCUACCAGCUCUCCCAGCUCAUCAACAAAGCACUCGACCUCCCCAGGCCUAUUCCAUUCGACUUCCUUGUCCAUGGUGAAAUCCUCAGAACAUCCCUAUUGGAAUGGCGCGCAGAAAAGGGUGUCGGAGAGGAAGAUACAUUAGAAAUUGAGUAUUUCGAAAGUGUUAUGCCUCCCCAGCGCAUAUCUGAGCUUCCCCACGAGGAUUGGGUGUCAUCGGUAUCAUGCCGAAUACCUCAGCAUUUUGUAACAUCAUCAUAUGACGGUCACUUGCGUCUCUUCGACUAUUCCCAAAAUCCCCUCCUUGAUAUCUCCGUGCACCAAGCACCCAUCACUUCUGUCUGCGUCGUGCCAUCGCCGUCAACAGAAACCGAGUCUCGCAUUCUAGCAAGUUCGUCGCAUGACCUCACCGCGUGUCUCACCCGCAUAUUUCUGGGCUCUGAGGGCCCAAGUGCAUCCACCGUGACUUCUCUACAUCUACACACCAGUCCACUAUCUUCAAUAUCUACUGAUGUAUCUGGUUCGCACCUCCUCACCUCUUCGUGGGACGGCCUUAUCGGUGUCUGGGACACCUCAAUACCCAAUGACCACCAAGUACCUCUAGACCGCGAGGAUGACAGGAAAAAGCGGCGUAAGACUGCCUCUGCAAACAUAAAACGGAAAGCACCAAUAGCAGUGCUAAAAUCGCACACCGCACGUGUGUCAAAAGCAUUAUUUGCUGCCGGCGAGCAUGCAAAAGGGAAAGCCUACAGUUGUGGUUUUGACUCGACGGUCCGAACUUGGGACGUUGAGAGUGGCGUGUGCAUCAACACUAUUAACGUCCCUGAGCGACCGAUGCUUGAUCUCGCUGAAACACCCGACGGCAAUACCCUCCUUGGUGCAUCCACAGACCGCACUGUCUCUAUCUUCGAUCUCCGUGUUUCAUCUCUCUCGUCUUCCACAGGUAUCAUGAUGCACUCCGCGACUCCAUCUUGCAUUGCUACAUCUGAGAGCAGAAAGCAGCAGGUAGUAACUGGUGCCUACGAUGGCGUUGCACGGCUUUGGGACCUGCGGAGCACGAAAAGUGCUGUGACUAGCUUCAGGGUCUGGGAUGGGAUGAAGGUGCUUGCGGUGGAUUGGGUGAGAGAUGUGGUGGGCAUUGGAGGCGAGGGGGGAAUGGAAGUGUGGAGAAUCGAUGGGGGAUCUUAAUAUUGGUGAAAAAAAUACGACUGUAUAGAGUUGGGUCCACGGAGUCGCCAGGUCGGACAUCAGUAAAAUAAAGACAAAUGAACGCCAACCUUCGGUCUACAUGUUCUUUGUGCUUGCAUCCAGGUUACACUGAGCUGAUCAUCCCUAGAAGUCUCCCGGGCACGCCCGGGCGCCUCGCUUGUAUCUUCGUUCACCAGGGGUAUUCUCCGUUCAAUCACUGAAAUUAGA